GGAAAAGAAUGUAAUAAGCAUUUCCCCUCGAGAAUAGAGUUAAUUGCACAAUAUGAUGACACGUUCUUAAGACAACGCACAGCUAUUAAAUUAUUAAAGAAGUACUUACCAUCAACUGGUGAUAUCAAAAUCAUAGUGAAAGGAAAUAUGUUGCCAAAAACAAGAGAGGAGUUGGAUGAUUUUAAAGGUGUCGAUUAUUACUAUAACACACUCAAUGGCACUCAAUGCGACAAUAACACGGAAAACAUUGUUAUGGUCAAUUUUAAAGUUAAAGUUGUUGACUGCUUUGACUGUAAAAGGUUUGAGUCGUUAAUAGAAAAGACAUACGCCCCAGCUAUUGAAUUGUCUUCACAAAAUAAAGAGACUGCGGACGUGUUAAAAGAAGAGAAUUACACUAUUUGUGAAGUGCCUCAUUUUGUGGAAAAAGUGACUUUAAAAACGAUGAAUAUGAGUAACAAUAAACAGAUAGAGUUCCCGUUCAGAUAUGGAAUGGUGAAAACUUUGAGGAUCUUGUUUUCUUCAAUGAUCAACACGUCUGAUAAUUUUAAUUGUCUUACUAAGACUUCAUUUUUACAUUGUAACAGCAUAACAAUCACUAUGACAAACACCAAAGUGCUCAACAGUUGCAAUUUUGAUAAAUGUUGUAAUAUGAAAAUUAUUGCUACAAAUGCACAAGUGCAGUGCAUUGAUAUUAAAAACUCGUGUAAUAUCUUAAUCAAUGCUCAUAUUGAUAACAUUCAAACAGUGACAAUCCUGUCUUCCAAAAAAUGUACGUUUAAAUCUACAUCUUUUGUAAACACUUUCACAAGGAUUGAAAAUUGUUCAUUACUUCAUUUUAAUCGAGUUUUAGAAGAUGACACAACUGAUAUUUCACCUUUUGAAUUUUGUGGUGUUUCAGUUGACAAAUUUCACCUUUUAACUAACCUUGUAAUGGAGUACCCAUCCAAUUCGUUUAAUCAAAUGAUCGCAAUAAACAAUCCAGAGAAAUACAACUGGAUUAAUAAAAUGUACAGUGAAACAAAGCAAGUAAAGGUAAUGAAUGGAAUUGUUAAAAGUGUCCGACCAUUUAACUUUUUUGACCGUAUUUCUUACAUCACAUCAACCAAUUUUUGUAAUAAACCAAAUAAUAUUCACUUUGUUUAUACAAAGAAAGGAAAGGUGAAUAUCAUCACGUGUAAUAUAUAUUAUUACGAAGUGAUUAUAAAACACAAAUCUGAGAUGUCAAUCGGAAUUUUCGAUUCAAAUGAAUUAAUUUCAACAAGUAAUGAACAUAUUGGAUUCAUAGACAAUAGUAUAGGUUAUCACUCUUCGAGUGGAUGUAUACACAAUGGGUUAUAUACUCCAGUAACACAAGUUAUUCCCUAUGCUCAACAAGAUGAUCAAAAUGAAGUUAUUGGUUGUGGUUAUUAUCCCACAACCAAAGUCGUGUUUUUCACAUAUAAUGGUAAACUUGUGUAUCACCAAGUAUUUGAUAUUCCCAGUGUUAGCAGUGGUAUUUCGAUGUCUGUCUUCACCACAUUUCACAUCAAUUAUGGCGAGACUGAAUUCAAGUUUGACAUCUACUCGAGGUGGUCUGGGAAGCUCGACGCGUUCUUUACACCAUAA